GUUCAUUUGACAAAGGUGUCAAAAUCACAACAAAGGUUGACUCGAAUUGUUUUGAGUGUGGAUUGCAUGAUUUGCAUUUAUUUUUCAAUCAGUCAGUUAUUCUUAAAUCAAUUAAAAUGUUUCAGUUUGGAUUCAACAUGUUUCAUGAAAUCAGCAGACCCUUUAACAUGACCUAUAAGUGUUAUUCUGUCUCUAUGUUACCUGGGAAUGAGAGACAAGAUGUAGAAAGGGGAGGAAAAAUUAUAAUGCCACCAUCAGCACUGGAACAGCUGACAAGGCUGAAUAUUGAGUAUCCCAUGAUAUUUAAACUAACAAAUAAAAAAACAAAAAGAGUGACACAUUGUGGUGUGUUGGAGUUUGUGGCAGAUGAGGGAAGAGUUUAUUUACCACAUUGGAUGAUGACGAACCUGGUGGUGGAAGAGGGAGCACUACUACAAAUAGAGAGUGUGUCCCUACCUGUGGCCACAUUCUCGAAGUUCCAGCCUUUAUCUGAAGACUUUUUAGAUAUAACUAAUCCUAAAGCAGUGUUAGAGAACUGUCUACGUAACUUCUCAUGUCUAACGACUGGCGAUGUGAUUGCCAUCAAGUACAACUCUAAAGUGUAUGAGCUGUGUGUGCUGGAGACUAAACCAGGGAAUGCUGUCAUCAUCAUAGAGUGUGAUAUGAAUGUAGAAUUUGCGCCGCCGGUUGGCUACAAAGAAGAAGAACGUAUACCUCAUGAUGAUGGGGGCAACUCGAUGGGAAUGGACGAGGAUCCUUCGAACAUGAUGCCGGAGCCCAGCGGCUUCAUCGCUUUCAGUGGCGAGGGCAACCGGCUAGACGGCAAGAAGAAGAAGUUGAUCAGUGAGAGCGACUCUGAACCGUCCGCGUCACAGUCUAGACAGCCCUACGUCAGAGGUAUCCCAGACUAUGACUACGUGAUAGGCACUCUAAGAUUCAUCAGAAACUCCAGGCCGCCCAGUGCCAAGGAGGAGACACCUUCGGAACCAUUCACAGCAUUCAAAGGCGAAGGCUUCACGUUAAGAAAUACCAAGCCCAAGAACUGAGUAUGAAAUAGUUAAAUGUUAGAUUUUUUACACAUAAUGUUGCCUGUAGAUGAAUCAGUUUUAUUUUAUUUUUUGUGUUGGCAACACUGAUGGUCUGGGGUGUGAUACUUAUAUUUAUUUCUAGCGUUAUUUUUGAUAUUUUUGGCUGUAAUACUGAUACUGAAGUGA